AUGAUGCCCUUACUAGUUGUCGCACGAUCGCAGCCAUCCUUCCCGCGGCCACUGAAGGCUUCUGUGACUUCUACCAUCAUAUCUGCCUCACCUAGAAGCAUCACACAACACUCUCUGCAUCGAGAUUACCCUAGGCGGUUCAUUUCAUCCACCUCGCAAAACCAGAGCAAAGAAUAUUUCCCACCUCCACAAACCCCGGGAGUUAAAGAAGUGACUACGGUAUGGUCACAUCCAGUAUUUACCGAAGCGCAGAUGCGCACUGUGCAAAUUGCGCAUCGGGAUGCCAAAAAUUGGUCUGACUGGGUCGCUCUGGGCACUGUCCGAUUCUUUCGAUGGGGCAUGGAUUUUGUGACAGGAUACCGACAUCCAAAACCAGACGAAGUUCAACCGGUCCGGUUCAAGAUGACGGAGAGGAAAUGGUUAGCUCGGUUCAUUUUUCUCGAAAGUAUCGCGGGCGUGCCUGGAAUGGUUGCAGGCAUGUUGCGACAUUUACGCAGCCUUCGACGCAUGAAACGAGAUAAUGGAUGGAUCGAGACCUUGCUAGAAGAGGCAUUCAACGAGCGGAUGCACCUGCUCACGUUCCUCAAACUAGCUGAGCCGGGCUGGUUCAUGCGCCUGAUGGUUCUUGGUGCCCAAGGUGUCUUCUUCAAUGCUUUUUUCCUCUCAUAUAUUAUAUCGCCACGUACUUGUCACCGGUUUGUGGGUUACCUCGAAGAAGAAGCAGUCAUUACCUACACUCGCGCCAUCGACGAAAUUGAAGCAGGCAAACUUCCAAAAUGGACGAAUUUGGACGCUCCCCAGAUUGCCGUACAGUAUUGGAAUAUGCCGGAAAAUCAGUGCAAAAUGCGAGAUUUGCUGUUGUAUAUCCGCGCGGAUGAAGCCAAGCACCGUGAGGUGAAUCAUACACUUUCCAACUUGAAUCAAGCGCUCGACCCCAAUCCAUAUCGGAUCAAAUACGACGACCCAACCAAACAGCACCCACGCCAGGGACUUGAGAACUUGAAGGGGGCAGGGUGGGAGAGAAAGGACAUUUUCUGA